UUUAAUUUUAAUUUUUCUUUUCGAUUAAUUUUAUUGUAAUUUAAUAUUUUAAAGAUUAAUCAAAAUAGAUAUUCGAAAGCCGAAGGCCUGCAAUUCCUUCUAUCCACGUGACGUCCUGUCAUUGGCCUUCACAUUUCUCCCUUACACCACUCCCUCUUCUUUUCGAAAACCUCCUUUCUUUUCAUCCUAGCCUUUUCUUUUUCUCUCCAUCUCCAACUUUUUAAACCCUCGUCGGAACUGAUACUCGGAAUAUCUUCAUCGGAACGUCUCUGACCGCUCCAAAAGAAGAGAUAAGAAAGCGACAAAAGGGAGCUAUCCUUUUUUCUGUUUGUAUGCGUGAGGUUUUUGAUGCUGAGUUUCUCUGAUAGCUUAAACGACGACGUUGUUUUCAAGUUUCAGUGAUUUUUCAUUUUUUAUUUUUAUUUUGUUUUUAUUUAUUAGCGUCGACUUCAAGUAGGUGCUUUUGCUUCAUCUCGUUUAAUUUCUUAGGUUUUCUUUGUUUACAAACUUCAAGCAAGAGGAGGCUUCCAGCUGAAGUGAAAUUCUGACAAGUCCUGAAAAAACAAGUGAAGAAAACCUACUUCUUUUUUCCAAUUAUAUUCGGAUUAAUCGGCGAGAAAUUUAUAGCGAAAUCAAAGCUCUGUAGCUGAUGGAAUUAAAAUUUGAUUCUUCUCAGAUGAGAAAAUGCUGAUUAUUGCUAGACCUUGUUGGGGAUUUUGGAUAAUGAUUUCGAUUGUGGAAAUAUAGAGAUAAUAAGAUUAAGAGACUUAAAGAAAUGAGAAAUUCAGGUAUAAUUUGAGGCUGCCGAGUUUGCAACAUGAGUUACGGCAGCGGCAGCGGCAGCAGCGACAAGAACAGAGGACGAGAGGCAGAAGAGGAGCAGCAGCAGCCUGUUUUCCGGAGGUCCGUCGAGGUAGAACCGGCGACACUUACUGAAAAUGGUUCUUUAACGGCGCAGGAACUGUCGAUUGAUGAUUGUCUGCUCGUUGACCCCAAAUUAUUGUUCAUCGGCUCCAAAAUUGGCGAGGGAGCUCAUGGGAAAGUUUAUGAAGGAAGGUACGGUGAUCGAAUUGUUGCUAUCAAAGUGCUUAAUCGAGGGAGCACUUCAGAAGAAAGAGCUGCAUUGGAGAAUCGUUUUGCCCGUGAAGUUAACAUGAUGUCUCGAGUAAAACAUGAGAAUCUUGUCAAGUUCAUUGGAGCUUGUAAGGAGCCCCUAAUGGUGAUAGUAACUGAGCUAUUACCUGGAAUGUCACUUCGUAAGUAUUUAAAUAGUCUUCGUCCAAAACAACUAGAGCUUUGUGUGGCAAUAAAUUUUGCCCUUGACGUUGCUCGAGCCAUGGACUGUCUGCAUGCAAAUGGGAUUAUACACAGAGAUCUGAAACCAGAUAAUUUGUUGCUUACCUCAAGCCAGAAGUCUCUGAAGCUUGCAGAUUUUGGCCUUGCAAGAGAGGAAUCUGUGACUGAAAUGAUGACUGCUGAAACUGGGACAUACCGCUGGAUGGCUCCUGAGUUGUAUAGCACGGUGACAUUGCGGCAGGGAGAGAAGAAGCAUUACAAUAACAAGGUUGAUGUCUACAGCUUUGGAAUUGUCUUAUGGGAGUUGCUGACCAACCGCAUGCCAUUUGAAGGCAUGUCAAAUUUGCAGGCUGCUUAUGCAGCUGCUUUUAAGCAAGAGAGGCCCAGUAUUCCAGAGGACAUAUCCCCUGAUCUUGCAUUUAUCAUUCAAUCAUGUUGGGUUGAAGACCCUAACUUGAGGCCCAGUUUCAGCCAGAUCAUCCGCAUGCUUAAUGCCUUCCUUUUCACCCUUUCUCCGCCACCAACAGAUGUACCAGAAUCUGAUAGCCAUGAGACAGCAGCAUCAAGUAAUGGCACCAUGACAGAGUUUUCUGCCCGUGCAAGAGGAAAGUUUUCUUUCCUUCGCCAGUUGUUCGCAGCUAAGAGGACUAGAAAUUCUCAAUGAGGGGUAAGUUUUGGAAUGUUUCCUUUUGUCCCAGCUCAAAAAAAUUUGUGCUGUCAUAGAGAUAUAUAUUGUCAAUGAAUGGGUUAAUUGAUUAGACAAGGACUAUUAGCAAAGGAAUGAAACUCUGGAAAACGAUGUUAACGAGGGAAGUUGAUUAGUAAAUAAAAAGAUGAGUAGAGAGAGACCUAUAUAUCUGCUCGCCUUGUUGUACAGCAGAUAGUGGAUUUAGAAAAAUCUUUAUGUCCAUAUCCAUAUCCUUUGUAACUUAUUCCACAGAUGGUUGCAGUACUACAACUUGACAUUCGAUUUUCAAUUUUUAUGGCUAAAGUUGAAGAGAUUGCUUUGCUA